UCGCUGCUCGUUUUGGUGCCCAGUCCGCCAUAGCCAACGAAGAAAGAAGGCGAGCCAGGGUAGCCUUCUUGCUAGGGUUUCGCAUUCUCUCCUACCCCAGCUGGUUUCUCUGUGCGGCUGUGCGCAUUCUUCCCUCCCGUGCUGCUGGAUUUCGACCAUGGCGUAAUCGCGUACCAGGUUUGCAAGGCAUUGUGAUCUUCUCCCCAGGAUCCAGCUGAUCCGUGGGCUAGAUCUCCCGAAAGCCCUGGUUCUUGCGGGGUAGUAUGAGAUGAGCAAGACGAUGGGGCAGGAGAUUAACCAGUACGCCCACAGCCCCGUCCACUGGGCCGUUGCCAGGGGCGAUUACCCGGCGCUCAAGCGGAUUCUCAGUGGCCUUCCCCGCCUCGCCAAGCCUGGCGAGGUUCGCACGGAGAUCGAGUCGAUCCAGGCGGAGGUCAAGGCCGACGCCAUCGCGGCGGUGAUAGAUCGCCGAGAUGUGCCCAACCGGGAGACGCCACUGCAUUUGGCGGUCAAGAUGGGUGACGAGACGUCGGUGGAGAUGCUCAUGCAAGCCGGGGCGGAUUGGAGCCUCCAGAACGCGCAGGGAUGGAGCGCCCUCCAGGAGGCGGUGUGCGCGCGAGAGGAAGGCAUAGCCAUGAUCAUCACGAGGUACUAUCAGCCCAUGGCUUGGGCGAAGUGGCUCCGGCGGCUGCCGAGAGUGGUAGGAACAAUGCGGCGGAUGAGAGACUUCUACAUGGAGCUCACGUUUCACUUCGAGAGCUCGGUCAUUCCUUUCAUCUCCAGGAUUGCUCCCAGCGACACUUACAGGAUAUGGAAGAAGGGUGCCAAUCUCAGGGCGGACAUGACACUCGCGGGCUUCGAUGGUUUCAGGAUCCAGAGGUCGGACCAGAGCUUUCUCUUUUUGGGCGAUGGAAGCGACGACGGCAAGCUCCCUUCCGGGACCCUCUGUGUUCUCAGCCACAAAGAGAAGGAGAUCAUGAACGCUUUGGACGGUGCCGGAGUCCAGCCCACGGAGUCCGAGAUCGCGCAAGAGGUGGCGGUUUUGUCACAAACCAAUAUCUACAGGCCGGGGAUCGAUGUCACACAGGCCGAGCUCCAGCCGCAUUUGACGUGGAGGAGGCAAGAGAAAACCGAGAUGGUGGGCUCGUGGAAGGCGAAGAUAUACGACAUGCAUCAUGUGACUGUCAGUGUCCGGUCGCGAAGGGUUCCAGGAGCCAUGACAGACGAGGAGCUGUUCGCUUCAGAAGAGGCCGAGGGAGAGGACGACGAAGACUACACCGAUCUUCUAACCGAGGAGGAGAAGCAGCAACUGGACUCGGCGCUCAAGGCCGAGAAUGGCGAGUUUAUCGAGAAGGGAUUUGACAAGGGUGGCAAGGACAACAGCAAGCUUCGCAGGCGCUUGGAGAACGGGGGGGAUGAUAUUAUAUUGGACGGAUUGCUCGACGAUGAUAUGAGCGUAGGGGGUGCUUCGUCUGGCUCGGAUAUCCACAGGGAGGACAGGAAGAGCUGGUUUAGCUGGGGGAAGAAGAGCGUCAAGCAUGAAAACGCAAAGAAGGUGGAGCCGGCAAGGAAGUCUCUCAGCGUAGAAGUAGAGCGGGGUGGCAGGAAUAACAGCAGAAAGUCUUUCGACAGGCGACCAUCGAAUUAUAGAGCGGAGGACACAUUCGAGCUCAAGAAGGGAUACAUGGACAAGCCUGCCAGGAAGAGCGUAAGCAGGGAGUCGAUUCACAAGCCUGGAAAGGCUGGCGCUGAAAACGAGUACCAGAAGGGAUUGAGGCCGGUGCUGUGGCUCACGCCGGAUUUUCCUCUGAGCACUGAGGAGUUUGUGCCGCUGCUGGACAUCCUGUCCAACAAAGUGAAAGCGAUCCGGAGGCUACGUGAGCUCUUGACAACCAAGCUACCGACUGGAACGUUUCCAGUCAAGCUGGCCAUACCAGUAGUGCCCACCAUCAGAGUCGUCGUGACUUUCACUCGCUUUGACGAGAUCCGCGCGCCGUCGGAGGAGUUUUCCACGCCACUCUCGAGUCCUCGCCACUUCCAAGACGCAAAAGCCAAGGAGGGCGAUGCUCCGCAAGCACAGGCAUCAUCGGCGAGUUCAUGGUUUUCGUGGAUGCGACCUCACAGCCAGGCAAGCUCGUCGGCGGUGUCGGACGAUCACGGGCCCGACUUGGUGGAUCCGUUUCUCAUCCCCAGUGACUACACCUGGGUGGACGUGAACGAGAAGAAGCGGCGAGCCAAGGACAAGAAAUCGAAGAGCAAGAAGAAUAAGAAGCCUCCUCCAGCGCAGGGAGAGACAACGAAGGGCUAGUCUGCUUGCUAGCUCUCACCAGUUACAACAAACAAAGGCUUUUGGAUUUUAUUUUUUGUAGGCGAUUCACACGAAAUGAAAUUCUUGUGUUCUUUCUUCA